ACGAACCGUAAGCGCUAAUGUUGGUUAGCAUCAGCUAAAGCGAGGAAGUUUGACACUUACAGAGGCUGUGAACGCAGAGAGAGCUUAAAAAUGCAUUGUGUUUUUUGUUGUUUAGUUUUUGUUUCGUUGCUUUGAUUUGGGAUUUUUUUGCAUUAAGAUGUUGCACACAAAAUUAAAGAUAUAACGGUGACUUAGCUGCUCGUUGGAUAAACCCAUGGACCUCAGAAAAGAUCAACACUACUCGGAUGUAAGCACCCGUGUAUAACACAAUAGGCAAAAUUACGCUUGCUAGCCUUUCCACAUCAUAGGCUUCGCAUUAAAUAAAUAUUUUUCCAAAUACUCACCAUGAUCUGAGACCGUUUAAAUAUUUUGUUACUCCGAAAAUAUGGCAGUAUGAAACUAAACUUUCAGCCUAACGGGUAACGCAAUGCUAAGAUUUACACGGAAACGAUCAGCGGAAAUCGUUAAAGUACUAUUGGUCUACAUUCUUCUUCUAUGGUAGCAGCCUGAGCAGAGUAACACCCAACUUUAAACUGCCGCCAUCUGUUGGCACCAAUGACCGUAGAAAACAUUAUUGCGACAACACGUUUUUGGGGGAAAAUAACAGAGAUUGAAACUUUACUGAUAAUUUGUCCAAGUUGAAAAAUGCCCUCCUCCAAAAAUGUCAUGUGACAACCUCAUUGCCUUACAGAAUCAUGACGUCACGCACAUGUAGAAUCUUACCACCACUUUGAUCCUUUGGUCCUUUGAUCCUUAAAACCCAUAAAUAGCGGUGAAAAGCAAUGACUUUUAGUCCGUUUCUCGCAGCACUGAUCUUUGCAGCAUUGAACCGUUCGCCAGAAAAGCCUUUUGAAAUAUUAGGAUCCUUUGCAAUAGUCACUGUUUCCAGACCCAACAUGUCUCAAACAGAAGAUCCAAAGGGACAAGAAGUUGACCCCUACGCUCUUCCCUGGGAUGAGCCACUAGACCCUUACCUCUCCUCUCUUCCUUGGGGUGACCGAGUAGAAAUAGAGGAAACGUGCUUGGAAGAAAUGGAGGAUGAAACGCUCACGGAUCAGCCCUGGGAUCAGCCACUAGACCCUUACCUCUCCUCUCUUCCUUGGGGUGACCAAGUAGAAAUAGAGGAAACGUGCUUGGAAGAAAUGGAGGAUGAAACGCUCACGGACACAGAGAAGGUUAAGUUAUUGAUGGAGGAAAAUGAAAGAAACAGGGCUGAAUUAAUAAAGUUGUCCUACCAGCUUCUAGAAAAGGAAGCUAUUAUUGAGGAGAAACAACAGGAUCUCCGGGACAUGGACAAAAAGAACCAGGAGCUUCAAGGAAAGCUUGAUCAAGCUCUGCAACAAAAUAAAAAACUCCUCCAAGAGAAGAAACAAGAGAGCAUGAAGAAGAGAGGGAUGGACUGCAAUCUCAGAGACAUGGAGCUAAUUUACAGUGUUGACAAAAAAAGGCUUGAUGACACACUGCAAGCAAAUGAGAAGCUUCUUCAAGAGAAAAUGCAACAAGAGCUCAAACAAAAAGAAAUGGAUUGCAAGCUUCAGAGCAUCGAGCAGCACAAUGAAAGCUUGCAAGGAAAGCUUGAUGAAGCUCUGCGACAAAAUAAAGAAAUCCUCCAAGAGAAAAAGCAGCUGGACAGAAAGCAGGGAGACAUGGAGUGCCAACUCCAGCACAUGGAGGGAAAAGACAGGAUGCUGCAGGUAAAGUUCGAUGAGACACUGCAGAAAUAUCAAGAGCUGCAAGAACUUCAUAACAAAAUGAAGUACAAAGUAACUGAGCUGGAAGGAGAAAAUGAAAAACUGCAAAAACAGGAGGCGACAUCUAAAGUACUGAAAGAAAGGUUGGAAGAAAAACAAGCCAAAAUAGAAGAAGUGGAGAAAAAAUGCAAUAAACUGGAGCAGCAAAAUACAGAAACAAUCGAGGAGUUGAAAAUCCUCAUCCUCGAGAAAAAAGUGCUCAUAGAAAAGCAGCUGGAGAAGAAGAAAAGACGCUUCUUCCGCUUCUUCCGGAGGAGGGACACUCCUUUCACUGCUGCCGAUGUCACCUAGUCUUCCUCCACCUCCGUUCCAACUUAAUCCCCCCUCCCCUCCCCUCCCCCUUUAAUUACUAACA